AUGGCGCAGUCCGCUUCAAAUAGUUCGCGCAGUGCGGUGCUGCACCGGGAUAGCCAAUUUAUUCCCAAAAAAGCUGUGGGUGGUAAAGGAAGUUACAUCUUUCUUGAAGAUGGUACAAAAUUCCUCGACUCAACUGGCGGUGCAGCUGUCUCAUGUCUCGGCCACGGUAAUGAAACCGUUCAGCAGGCUAUCAAAGACCAAAUGGAUCAGAUAUCCUAUUGUCACUCUGCAUUCUUUGGAACCGGUGUUGCCGAAGGGCUGGCUCGACUUCUAGUGGAUUCAACUGAGGGCAGAAUGUCCAAGUUAUUUGUAGUCAGUUCUGGUUCCGAAGCGGUUGAGGCUGCUUUGAAACUGGCGCGUCAAUACUUUCUCGAGCUCUCUAGUCCCCAACCCCAACGCGAACGUUUCAUCGCUCGCCUGCCCUCUUACCACGGAACCACCCUCGGGGCCUUGGCUGUUGGAGGGCACGUCCUUCGAAGAGAACCAUUCGAGCCUUUGCUAGCGAAGAACACAUCUCAUGUAUCACCGUGCAAUGCAUACCGCGGCAAAAAUAUUGGCGAGCCAGACGCCAGCUAUGUGGCCCGCCUUGCAGCCGAGCUGGAUGCAGAGUUCCAGCGAGUUGGCCCGGAGACUGUGUGCGCAUUCAUCGCAGAGCCUGUAGUCGGAGCUGCCCUUGGAUGUGUCCCAGCGGUGCCGGGAUACUUCCCUGCCAUGAAAGCCAUUUGUGAGAAAUACGGUGCUCUAUUAAUCAUGGAUGAGAUCAUGAGUGGCAUGGGCCGAUGCGGAACUCUUCAUGCCUGGGAACAGGAAGACGUUAUUCCGGAUAUCCAAACCAUAGGUAAAGGCCUUGGUGGAGGCUAUGCUCCGGUUUCCGGAAUCUUGAUCAACGACUCUAUAGUGCAGGUGCUGGAUAGGGGAACGGGUGUGUUCCGACAUGGACAAACCUACCAGGGCCAUCCAGUCUCUUGUGCUGCUGCCUUGGCGGUGCAGAAGACAAUCCAAGAACAGAAAUUGUUGGAAAAUGUGCGCAACAUGGGAGCAUACCUGGAACAACAGCUUCGCCAGCGUCUUGGCGACCACCCGUAUGUUGGAGACAUUCGAGGCAAAGGGCUAUUCUGGGGUAUUGAAUUUGUCAAAGACAAAACUACGAAAGAGCCGUUUGAUCCGGCGACUCGAUUAUCUUUUCUAAUACAAGAAAGGGGUUUAUGCUCCGAGUAUUCUCUCUCACUAUAUGGCAAUUCCGGGACGGUGGAUGGGGUUCGGGGUGACCAUGUGCUGUUGUCACCCCCCUUUACUGUUUCAAAAGAGGAAAUCGACCUCAUUGUUGAUGGCGCUGCAAACGUGCUUGCGGACGUUCUCAAUGAGCUGGGCCUGUGA